AUGGAUGCUGUGGCCUGGUGUCGCUGGUCCUCUGUGUUCUUGGUGUUCGCCCAAGCAGGCAUGGGUUUGAGUAAUCCUGUGGCCUGGAGCCCUUCCAGCGAAGAACUGCGGUCCCUGCAGGACCUCCUCGAGCGCCUGAAGGAAAAAUUCCCGGAAGGGGAAUUGGAGGCUCCCAUCUCGAGGUCUGACGAGGCAGAUGAUGGCUCCGACGUGGACCUUGUUGACGCAGAAACCCUCUCUUCCAGCCAGCUCAGACUGCAGACUGCAGAAGUGGAGGACCACUGGAUGAAAUUCCUGGCUUCCCCAAAGCGGAGGAGAUAUUUCUCCGGAUGCUUCGGGACCAGGCUUGAGCGGAUCGGGACCCAGACAGGCCUUGGGUGCAAUGUCUACAGAGCCCGUUCUUGGAGGAAACCCAGAAGUUGA